AUGGAUCGCCCUAGCAAGUUCCGAAGAUGUGGCACUGCCUUGGCUGAGUCAGAACCAGGCCCGAAGACAGUAGGUGAGCUCUGUGAGUGGCCACGUGAAGAUAUUUCAGACCGGCUGAUUGCCAAAACAGGCAUAUCUGCCAAGAACUUGGUUGGUGACUUUGCCGGUGCUGAUCGGACUAUCUGGGUCACCAGCUCCUUUUCUGGGAUAGCCACAGUGGAGCACUGUCUCACCCGCCUGGCGGCUCAGCACGGUACGGCGGACUUUGGCGAACCAAAGUCUACCUUCCCUCCUUUUUGCUUCUACAGCAUGUGGGAGGUGAACGAAACCUGCCGCAAGACAGUGGCUAACUCCAAACUCCAGCCAAUGCACAUUUUCGGAAGUGUCUGUGACAAGUGUUCUGUGGAUGUCCAGGACAGAUUGGAGUUUGUGCGGUCAAGCUGGUGCCAGCGGCAGCAGGAAGGUAUGCCAGCCGAGCAGAAAAGGCAAGCUGCUUGGAAGCAGGAGUGCGAUGGAAAAUGCAUGAGCAAGUUGCUUUCGGUAGGCACGGGUGCGUGCGGCAUCGGCAAGAGAUCGAAGACGGCAUACUGUUACCGCCACAAGCGACAAUGCCUUGUGGAUCCACCGGUCACACACCGGGACCUGCACUUUGAGAUCGCAGGGACGCCUUGCGUGGCUUUCAGCCCGCAGGGCGGUCGAUCAGGCUGGCUGCAUGAGACAUCGAUCCCCACGUCGAUUUGGUUUGCUGCAACAAGUAAGAGCAAUGUGGACUUGGUGUUUCACGAAUGCAGUCAUAUGUUCCCCAGCCAGGGUGCCUUUGGCAUGGCUUUCUCUGCUGGCGGCGGCUUCGAGUUUAGCGUUGUCAAAGUGAUGGCAAGCACGGUGGGCAUCCCCACGCAGCGUCCCCGAAAAUUUACCUUGGCGUGGCGCAAGGAAGCCCUGCAGAGUCGAGCCCAGCUUACUGAGGACUUGUUCGCUGGAGUUUGUGGGUCUUCAGUUCAGUGCAGCAGCCACGACUUUUGGUGUGCCCCACAAGAGAAAGUUCAGGCUGCUUUGAUCGCCCAGGCGAAAAAACAUGGCGCGGACUGGUCAUUGGCCAGCCUGGGCCGAGAUGCUCUCAGCACUGGGGACAGAGUGCGGCUGUCAGGUUACGAAACCGCUGCCCGGGACCAAGAAGGCAGCCAGGAUCAGCUUGCUGUCGUAGAUCUUUCACAGAACGUGGCCUGGAGACCCAAGCUGGGCUCCGGGUUGCCAUCCAUACUAUGCGGCUCAAGGGUAUGGUCCAUGCAGCACGAGAGGGUUUUGAUCAGCGAGGAACUCUUCGUCCUAAUGGGCUGGCCUGUACCCGGCAUGGGGAUAGGGAUGAAGGACGACGGAUCGUUUCCGUUUCAGGACGACAUCUUCCUGAAAGAUGGAGCCGCCAAAAAGAUGACAGGUAAUGCGAUGCAAUGCAGGCUGGUGGGCUUGUUCCUUGCGUUGGCUUUCCAUAUUCUUGAACCCAAAGAUGCUGAUGCAACUUGA